AGAGCAAGGAGGGAGGCGGAGAGUCGGCCGGGCGCCUGCGCCAAGCCGUUCCUAUCGCUACUCCGGAGCUCUCUGCUCGGUCUUGGUGGAAUCGAGCCCGAGCAAAAUGUAACAAAACAAGCGGCGUCUUUUCUAUUGGCUUAAAGGAGCCGCGGUCGGUCGAUCGGAGCCCCUCGGAGGAGAGAAAAGUAGCAAAGAAAGGUGGCAAACAACGGCGGCGCCAGGUGUGGAGACGAAGGAUCCGGGACCGGGCGCUUGCCCGGGGAAAGAGACGAAGAGAACCUGCGGGGAUCCGCGCAGGGGAAAAAAAGCCCUUAGGAGGAGAAGCGGGGCAGGACGACCCGCUGGUUACGAUGGGAACCUCGCUGGAGGCGCCGGUGGAAGAGGCUGCGGGCAUGAACCGCGCCGAGUCGCUUCGGUGAUGGCUUGAGCGAAGCGGCCGGAAAGUUGCCGGAGAGCUUUUUGCUCUAUGCCCGGCCGGUCGGGAUCCCUUGCCCGGAGCAGCCCCGCGGUGGACGUCGGGUUUCCAGUCUCGGUCCUUUCCCCCCACCCGCCCCUCUCCCGGUGCAAAACCCCCCUCCCUUCCUUUUGCGCGCAACUUGGCGACCUGAGCGCCAUGUCGAAAGUGAUCCAGAAGAAAAACCACUGGACGGCCAAAGUGCACCAAGCCACGGUCAGCCGCAAUGCUCAGGGCCAGCUCGGGGUCACCGUCCUCGGCGGAGCGGAGCACGGAGAGUUUCCUUACGUCGGACCGCCCGAGGUCGAGGGGGAGACGGCGGUGCCCGGAGACAACGGCGAAUGCAAACUUGGCGAAGGGGAGCUACUCUUGGAGGUGCAGGGUGUCCGGGUGUCGGGAUUGCCCCGCUACGACGUGCUGGAAGUUAUCCGGAGCUGCAAGGAGCCCAUUGUUUUCAAAGCCGUCAGACAAGGAAGUCGGCUGAACAAAGACCUGAGACAUUUUCUCAACCAGAGAUUUCAGAAAGGAUCUCCAGAUCAUGAGCUUCAGCAAACUAUUAGAGAUAACCUUUAUCGCCAUGCUGUGCCUUGCACCACACGUCCUCCAAGAGAAGGAGAAGUGCCUGGUGUGGACUAUAACUUUCUAAGCGUACAAGAGUUUCUUGAACUUGAAAAAAGCGGAACUCUGCUUGAAGUAGGAACCUAUGAAGGUAACUAUUAUGGAACACCCAAACCUCCCAGCCAAUCCCUUGGUGGGAAAGUGAAUAAUGCUGAUGCUUUGCAAAAUCUCCCCUCAAGUUCCAAGCAGACGACUCCCAAACGAACCAAGUCCUACAAUGAUAUGCAAAAUGCUGGUUUAGUACAUGCAGAGAAUGAAGAGGAUGACACCCCUGAAAUGAACAGUAGCUUUACAGCAGACUCCGGUGAACAAGACGAGCACAAUAUACACGGUAUAAGAGAUGCAGCUCUUCCAUCUUUGAAUAGUAGCAUCACCACUGUUCCCACCACGGAACCAUCUGAGAAGCUCCCUCAAUACCUACCUCCUUGUGCAGAGGAAAACUUGGGUCCUCUGCCUGAAAACUGGGAGAUGGCUUAUACAGAGAAUGGAGAAGUCUACUUUAUAGAUCAUAAUACUAAAACAACGUCUUGGCUAGACCCAAGGUGCCUGAACAAACAGCAAAAGCCUUUAGAAGAAUGUGAAGAUGAUGAAGAAGGGGUACACACGGAAGAACUGGACAGUGAACUAGAACUACCUGCUGGUUGGGAAAAGAUUGAAGAUCCUGUAUAUGGUGUCUACUAUGUAGACCACAUCAACAGGAAAACACAAUAUGAGAAUCCAGUUCUGGAAGCCAAAAGAAAAAAGCAGCUUGAACAGCAGCCUCCCCCAGCACAGCCUCCAGCACAACCAUCUGAAGAAUGGACUGAAGACAAUCCCCCCCUUGCUCCCCCUUCUGUUCCAAACCAUGUUCCCACUAACCAGGAUGCAGUUAGAGAUGUUCCAGUACAAGCAGGGAAACCAUUUUUCACCCGGAACCCAUCUGAACUGAAAGGGAAGUUCAUUCACACCAAACUGAGGAAAAGCAGCAGAGGCUUUGGUUUCACUGUGGUCGGCGGAGAUGAACCAGAUGAAUUUCUCCAGAUAAAGAGCUUGGUGCUUGAUGGGCCUGCAGCACUGGAUGGCAAAAUGGAAACAGGAGAUGUUAUUGUCAGCGUGAAUGACACAUGUGUCCUGGGCCACACCCAUGCUCAAGUGGUCAAAAUCUUCCAGUCAAUUCCUAUCGGUGCCAGUGUGGACCUGGAACUGUGCCGAGGCUAUCCUCUGCCUUUUGACCCAGAUGAUCCCAACACAAGCCUGGUGACAUCUGUUGCCAUUUUGGAUAAAGAACCAAUCAUUGUAAACGGGCAAGAAAGCUACGACUCUCCGGCAAGCCAUGGUAGCAAAACAGGGAAAGUCAACGGGAUGAAAGAGCAGAGACCUAGCAGUCCAGCUGAGGUUUCUUCAAAUGGAUCCCACGGCUACCCCAAUGACACCGUCUCCUUGGCUUCUUCUAUAGCAACGCAACCUGAACUCAUAACUGUACAUAUAAUUAAAGGGCCAAUGGGCUUUGGCUUCACUAUAGCAGACAGUCCUGGGGGUGGGGGACAGAGAGUGAAGCAAAUUGUCGACAGCCCAAGGUGCCGAGGCCUAAAAGAAGGGGACCUUAUAGUUGAAGUCAACAAGAAAAAUGUGCAGAAUCUAACUCACAACCAAGUUGUGGAUAUGCUGAUUGAAUGUCCUAAAGGAAGUGAGGUGACACUGCUGGUACAACGAGGAGGAUUGCCAGCCCCUAAGAAGAGCCCAAAGUCGCAACCACUUGAACGGAAAGACAGCCAAAACAGCUCCCAGCACAGCGUAUCCAGCCACCACAGCACCCACACGGCUUCUCCGAUUCACAGCACUCAGGUGCUUCCCGAAUACCCUGUUCCUGAAACACCAGUGACAGACCAGCUGGACAACGCAGGGCAGAAGAAGCCAGAUCCAUUCAAAAUCUGGGCCCAGUCCAGGAGCAUGUAUGAAAGCCGACCUAUGUCACCUUCGCCUACGACUGGACUGAGCAAGGGUGAAAGAGAAAGAGAAAUCAAUUCCACGAGUUUUGGAGAAUUUCCAGAUUAUCAAGAACAGGAUAUAUUUCUCUGGAGGAAAGAAACUGGUUUUGGAUUUAGGAUUCUUGGUGGAAAUGAGCCUGGGGAACCAAUUUACAUUGGUCAUAUUGUGCCAUUGGGCGCUGCAGAUGCUGAUGGUCGCCUGAGAUCUGGAGAUGAAUUGAUCUGCGUGGAUGGAACACCAGUAGUUGGAAAAUCACACCAGCUUGUAGUCCAACUUAUGCAACAAGCUGCAAAACAAGGCCAUGUGAAUUUAACUAUCAGACGCAAAGUGGUAUAUACAGUCCCCAAAGCAGAGAAUGAGGUUCCCUCUCCAGCUUCUUCUCAUCACAGUAGCAACCAACCAGCUUCUUUGACCGAGGAGAAACGCACUCCGCAGGGAAGUCAAAACUCACUCAACACUGUCAGUUCAGGCAGUGGCAGCACCAGUGGAAUUGGUAGUGGUGGGGGCGGAGGCAGUGGCGUGGUCAGCACUGUGGUCCAGCCCUAUGAUGUAGAAAUACGGCGUGGAGAGAAUGAAGGUUUUGGAUUUGUCAUUGUGUCUUCGGUUAGUCGCCCAGAAGCUGGAACAACUUUUGCAGGCAAUGCAUGUGUGGCCAUGCCUCACAAAAUAGGUCGGAUUAUUGAGGGGAGCCCAGCAGACCGGUGCGGGAAGCUGAAAGUCGGGGACCGGAUAUUGGCCGUUAAUGGAUGCUCCAUCACCAACAAAUCACACUCGGACAUCGUCAACCUAAUUAAAGAAGCAGGAAAUAUGGUUACUCUGCGCAUAAUUCCAGGAGAUGAAUCUUCCAACGCAACGUUAUUGACCAAUGCAGAAAAAAUUGCUACGAUUACAACUACACAUAAUCCUCAACAAAUGCCACAGGAGAACAGAAACAAUGCAAAAACAAAACAGGAAUCCCAGUUUGAUUUCAAAGCACCAACAGCCUCCCAGCCAGAACAAGAUUUUUACACUGUGGAACUUGAAAGAGGAGCUAAAGGGUUUGGCUUCAGUCUGCGAGGUGGCCGAGAAUAUAACAUGGAUCUCUAUGUCUUGCGGUUAGCAGAAGAUGGACCUGCUGAGAGAUGUGGAAAAAUGAGGAUUGGGGAUGAAAUCCUGGAGAUUAAUGGAGAAACCACAAAGAACAUGAAGCACGCUCGAGCCAUAGAACUAAUUAAAAAUGGUGGCCGCAAAGUUCGCCUGUUUCUCAAACGUGGAGAUGGCUCUGUACCGGAAUAUGACCCCAGCAGCGACAGGAGCAGCCCAGCCACAGGUUCACAAAAAGUAUCGGAAGUGAAAAAUGUGCAGUUCGACAGACAACAAUACUUACCAUUGGAGCCCAGUUAUCCACCAGUUCUUCACAAAUCACCCCAACAUGGAGACAAGCGGAUAUAUUUUAAGGACCCCAAAAGCAGCAGAGAGUUCGGCAGACAAUCAAAUGAGCACCACACAUGGAAUGGAACUUCUAAAAACAGCAAUAGCAUCCCAAUCCGAAAAAAGGAUAGGUCACCAGAAAAAAGGCAUGAGCGUCAACCCGAAAGAGUGGCCAUCAAUGGACAAAAACGAAGACCACCCGAAAAGAGGAGAGAAGGUACCAGGAGUGCUGAAAAUACUCUGGAGAGAAGAGACAGGCAUGAGAGGAGAAGAGACUUUUCUCCAGAGAAACGGAGAGAACGAUCACCAACUCACCGACGGGAUAACUCGCCCAGCAAGAGAAGACGGUCCCUCGAAAGACUUAUGGAUCAGAGGAGAUCACCAGAUAGGAAGAAGGAGAGUUCACCUCCCGAAAGGAGGGCCAAGUCUACGGACAGGAGGAGAGAGAGAACCCCUGAACGAAGAAGGGAGAGGUCUCCCGAUAAACGAAAUAAAAAUGGCAGAGUCAGUUUUCGGGAGAAGGAAGACGGCACGCUGAGAUACGACACAAAUAAAAGUAACAGGUACCCAACAGAACAAAGACGGAAAGCCUAUAAAGAGUGCAGCACUGACCUCAGUAUCUAGUGGCCUUUGAAGCCCUACCUACAAUACUUUUUGCGGCCUUUCCAGCAUUCAGAGUUCCUAGGAAGGAAGGUAGCAAACCUCAAAUGCCUCUCGCAGCCACCACACAAAUAAAAUCUAAUCAUCACAACCCAUUCACAUGUUUUGCACAUGGUGUGGACACCAUUAAAGUAUAUGCAUUUCAAAUCAUAUUUGCCAAAUGUCCAUCCCAAAGUGUGAUGGAAGUUGUCUUCCUUCCUAACACACCGCUGUGAGCAUUAGAUUCAUUGUACUUUUCUGUGGCUUAGUGGUUCCUUUCUUAGUUUUAUGGUGGGCAAACCAACCAAGUAGUUAAACAUGUGUGAUGUUUUGUUGAUGAGUUCAUUGCAAACAUGAAUUUAUGAUUUUCUAAAGAAUGGGUUGGAGGAAGAAAGGGUUGAUCAGUAAAACUUUGAACUACUACGGAGGGACUUUUUUUUUCUUUACAAAUAGCGAACAUAGUUCUCAAAGUAAGAUAACUAAUUUGAAGAGACUACUGCUGGGAUGAAGGAUAUUUAUACAGAUCUACACAGCACAAGCGGUUGAGGAAUGUAUAGUGUGUUCCAUUGAACAAUAAGUACUUUUGGAUCUUCUUUAAAAGAAAGUAAAGUGGCCAAGGAUCGGUAGUUAUCAUACAUGGCAUCAUGUGUAGGAUAAACCACCAUGUUUGUUCAAUAAUUGUGACCAUUAAUGAAAUUUCACAAAGGCAGCACCACUGUUGUUCUUGUUCAACCAGUAGAACCAUUCAAAUGAAAUUGGAGCCUGAAUAGUAUCACUUGUUUGCCUUGAAAAGGAAAUUGACAUGAAUUUGAUUCCUUAUUCAAGAAGCAUUUUGAGGAACAAAUACUUAUUUCAUAGGCUGAGUUUAAAUGCUUUUAGGUCAUUUAAGUACUCUUGUCGCCAAAUGGAACUGUUUCUCUGGGCUUCUAGGUUUUUUUAAAUUAUUAUUAUUAUUAUUUGACCUUCUUUCCGCUUUCUGGUGCACUCUUACGUGAGACAAAAGGAAGCAAAAUUGUCAAAAAAAAAAGUUAAAAAUUGGGCUAUGGAGUUCUUGAGAGAAAGGUGUGGUUUGAGCUCUUCAUCAGACUGUCACGAGUGGAAUAAACCUAUUCAGGAUUAUUUUCUGUUGGGUAUUUUCAUGCAAUGAGUUUGUGCGGUAAGUAUACUGUAGUACCAAUAGCAGAAUUAAUGGAUUACUGCCUAGCUGAGCCAAAAAAAAAAAAAAAUUGCCAUUACUGUUGGACCACUAAAAUUUUUUUUAAACUGCUGCUUUUUAUUUUACAGUGCAUUGAUGUGUACAUGUAAUACUGUUCCACUGGGUUUUUUUUUUCAUAUGCCCGUGCACAGACACAUAUACAUAAAGAAAAUAAGAUUACAAGUCUAUCACUGUUAUUGCCCUGGUACUGUAAAGAAAAAGGAAAGACAAAAGAUGGCUUGUCAUUGUAUGUACAGACUUUAAAUUGUAAUUAACAGAGCCUG